GUUGAUUCAAUAAAUUUAUAGAGAUUGAAAACUAUCUUCGAUAUUAAAUGCCUUUUCCUCUGUUUUCUAUACUCUCUUCCACUAUAAAUGCGUUCCCUUCUCCUUUUCAAUGCCAAUCCACUCCCAUUCCUCUACGUUAUUCCCACCUCCACCGAUCCCCUCCGUUCCUCCCGCAUCUUACUCCAGCCGGCGAACACCAUGCCUGAUUUCCAAAUCGAGACUCUUCUAAAUCUCAUCAACAGAAUCUUCUCAGCGUUUCUCACUUGCGCCUUCGCAUUAGGAGGAGCACUUAUCGGAAUAAUCACCGGCGCAAUCAAAGGGCAAACGACGGAAACGGGGCUACUUCGUGGAGCCGGUGUGGGUGCAGUCACUGGUGCGAUAACAGCGUUACAGAUCAUGGAUAUGAUGGCUAAUGGCGAACCAUUUUCGAAGGUAGCACUGCUGUGUAGUCUUCUAAAUGGGAAAGUGUUCGUUGAGUGGGUUAGUCCAGCUAUGCUUAAAGCUUAUCAAUGGCAGACGAAUGCAAUCGAGAUGAGUUUGGUUGACAUGUUCGACAUUGAAACCACUGGGACAAGAGGAUUAUCGGAAGAUGCUUUUAGCAGAUUACCAAAAUGCCGAUUUGCAAAUCGAGAUUUUGAAAACGAAGAAGAAGGAAGAGAGCUACCAAGUUGCAGACAUGUAUUUCACUUAGAAUGCAUAGACGAAUGGCUUAUUAGGCAGGGUUCUUGCCCCAUCUGUAGAGGCGACGUUUAA